AUGGCCCCUCUAGGUUGUUUUGCUCCUGCUAAUUCACUGCGAUCUUCGCACAACGAGGACAGAACGCGUCGCUGUCCAGCUCUUAAGUCUGCUGUGCUGCUUCGCCUACUUUAGCAGACUGCACUGGGCAGAUUCCUCCUUGGUCACGAUGUCGCAAUGGGGAGGAGGCGCUCACUGCGGGACGUGUGGCAAGGUGGUGUUCCACGCGGAGGAGGUGCAGUGCGAUGGACGCAGCUACCACCGCCCCUGCUUCCAGUGCUUGGUGUGUCACAAAGCCCUGGAGACAUCAACGGUGACUGUGCACGGCGAUGAGAUCUACUGCCAGCCCUGCUACUCUCGCAAGUAUGGCCCCAAAGGAUACGGCUUUGGCCAGGGCGCUGGCGCCCUCAGCAUGGAUGGCGGUGGCGUCAUGGCCCAUAGCAGCAGCAACAACAGGGCCAAGCGCCAGGGAGGAGCAUCCGUGAAUAAGCUGGCCCAGCGGUUUGGCGGGGCGGCAGACGCCUGCUCCCGAUGCACAAAGCCCGUCUACGCCGCGGAGAAAAUCGUGGGCGCCGGAAAGCCUUGGCACAAGAGCUGCUUCCGCUGUGCCAAAUGUGGCAAGGGCCUGGAAUCUACCACUGUCACUGACCGUAAUGGAGAGCUCUAUUGUAAAGGCUGCUAUGCAAAAUACUUUGGACCCAAAGGCGUUGGGUUUGGCCAAGGCGCUGGAGCACUGGCGCACACCCAAUGAGCCAUAAGGUGACCACCGUGAACAGAACGUGCACAUUGAGAUCCGUCAGAAAAGCCGAGCAGGCAUGUUUAAUACAAUGUAUAAGAUUGAUGUCCCCAAAAUACAUAUAUCUAUAAUCAAAUUGUGAAAGGAGUCUAAAGGAUCCAUUGAAAGUUCCGGUGUAUUUUUGGCAAUAACAAGAUAACGUUAUUUGCUGUGUGUGGAAUUGGGACGUUUACAAUUAAACAUUUUGACAUUAGCAGUAAUACUGUGUACAUUUUAGAAUCGUCAGUCCUUUAAUUGUAGAGGCAAGCCCCGCAGAUUACAUGGUAGAAUAAUUGUAUUUCUUCUUACUACACGAGCAUAACAUUAGGGUGAGAAUACUUCGUGGUCUAAAACCUGUGGUCUCUGCCAGAAACUCAUAUAAUACGAGCACGUUGCCACGGUGUAAUGGCUAUCAAACUGGACUUGCAAUCCAGGGGUUGGUAGUUCAAUCCCCAAGCAUAGCAGUUGGAACAACCGGCAUGUUUCUUAAAUUCACUCCACCCCCUCCCAUGCCUCUGUCCACCGAGCAGUAUAAACGGGUGAAACCAAUUUCGAUUUAAAGCUUUCGUGAC